AUGGAAACAUUGUAUCACCAAACCAAUCAUUUGUUGAAAGAUAUAGAACAAAGUUUUCAACGCUUGGUGCACACGGCUGGACAGCCCGACAACUACGAUGUGGAAAAUGAGAUACAAAUGAAAAUAACCCAGGUCAAUAGUAAUUGUGACCGUUUAGAUGUUCUGCUCUACAAAGUUCCAGUCUCACAACGACCCACGGCCAAAAUGAAAGUUGAUCAAUUGAAGUAUGAUCUGCGACACCUUCAGAGCAGUCUUCAGCUUUACCGUGAAAAAAGACAAAGGAGGCAACAGGAAAUUUCAGAACGGGAGCAACUACUGAGCCACCGUUUUACAGCAAACAACGCAGAAACAUGCUUAGACCUCGACUAUGCAUUGCAGCAUAACCAGCAAUUGGGCAAUGCUCACCAGGGUGUGGAUGAAAUGUUGUCAACCGGCAGCAAUAUCCUUACAAGUCUUGUGAACCAACGAAAUACGCUCAAGGGAGCGCAGAAAAGACUUAUGACCAUAGGCAGUACUUUAGGAUUAUCAAACCAUACCAUGAAACUAAUCGAAAGACGUUUUGUCGAAGACAAAUAUGUUAUGUUUGGAGGCAUGUUUAUAACACUACUAAUAAUAGUUCUAGUUAUAUACUUUGUUGUUUUAUAA